AGCUCUCGCUUUACGAAUAUACAAAUAUACACGACCAAGGAAUUAUGAACUUGCCAGUCCACGUGUGUAUAUAAGCAUACAGUCGAUUAUAAUCUCGGCACAUUCGAUCUUGUUCGUUCAAUAUCUACCGAUAAUCGCGUCAGCACGAUGAAGUUCGUGAUCGUCCUAGGAAUCCUGUCAGUAGCUAACGCGAACCUGUUACUGAAAGACCUGUCAGUGACUCUAUCAGGACAAACUCUGGAUUGGCCUUGCCAAAGCACGAAGAACAUCUACGAGACCAGUGGCCGGUACAUCGCGAAGAACGUGAUCGCAACCAGGAUGCAAGUGUACAAGGGCCAAGCGAUCUUAGCGAUGCCCCGCUACAAACCCGGCGUACCGUUCACCCUCGGCGCUGUUUCGCUGAAGGACAGAAGCUGCUCGCCGAAAGUAGUCCCAUUCCCUUGCUGGGCAAUCCAGGAAGAAGGGAACUGCCAGGCUUUGCAAAGCGCCGUUGACAUUGUCCUGGACAUGCAAGACAUCCUUUGGGUGCUGGACGUUGGUAUCGUUAACACCUUGGAGCAACCUGUGCGCAGGUGUCCUCCCAAAGUGGUCGGAAUCGACGUGAAGAGCGGAAAGGUGGUGAAGGUGAUCGACUUAAGCCCGCUGGUGGACCUGAACUCCCGUCUGCAGUACAUGGCCGUGGACUACGCGUCCGACGGUCAGGUGUACGUGUACGUGUCCGACGCUGCGACCAGAGCUAUCAUCGUCUACAACGUGACCUCCGACAACGGGUACCGCGUGGUCCUCCCCAGGGCAGUGACUUCCGGCGCGGAGAAGAGGGACGCGCUCUACUUGGCGCUGAUCAGAAGAAGCUGCGGCAGCCAGGUCCUCUAUUUCACUUACCUGGGCUCGAACAGGGUGUUCGCCAUCAGAGCUACCAAUCUGAGGGCCGGGAACGCUAACGGAUCCAUCGUGGAAGUUGCUCUGAAGAAGAAUAAGAUCGUGUUCCUGGGCACGGACAACGGAGCCGCCAUUUUCUUCAGGAUAAAGGGUGACUCGGACGUCUACAUGUGGAACACGGAGACCCCGUUCAUCCCGGACAACUUCUUGCUGGUGCAGAAGGGCAGCGACUGCAGAUUGCCGACGCAAGUGGUUCCAGGCUACAAAAAGCUGAUGUGGGUGAUCGAGAGUAAUUUCCAGGACUACAUCGAGAACACUGUCAGCUGUUCCGGCGCGUCGGUCUCCCUCCAUCCUUUGGUGAACUCUUGCGACGAUCAAUACUGAGGAUCGAAUGACCUUUGAUCCGACGGGCAUCUUUGACAUUCGACUCCCUUUCGAGAGGAACACCACCUGGACGAAUUCCAACCAGUCGCCAGUUACGAAACUUCGAUGACGUUUCAGCUGCGUUGACCCGAUCGCGCGAACAGCGCGAUUUCCUGGUGUUCGAAACGAAAAUUGAAAUACAUUAAAUUGUUAAGAAUAA